AUGACCGAUCUCGAGGCAGCGACGGCAGGAGCCACGCACCUCGUGGUGGCCAUCCCGUCCCAAUUCCUCCAGGCCACGCUGCCGCGUGUGCGCAAGCACAUUCGAGCCGAUGCGUCGGUGCUGAGCGUUGUCAAGUCGUUGCACUACGAGGACGCACGCAAUCGGCUCAGCCUUCCGUCGAGCGAGAUCUUGCAACUGCUUGGAGGCACGCACGAAGUCUGCGCCCUCUGCGGUCCCAACAUUUACCACGAGAUGACGAGCGACGCCUCGUUCGCGGAGGCCACGAUUGGCUGUGCGGACAGCGUGAGCGGCCGUGUCGCGGCCGCGCAGUGGCACGCGCUUCUCAUGGCCGAUUACUUCGCGACGCCCGACGCGAACGUGAUAGCCCUCGGCACUGGCUUUGGGACUGGGUGCGGUCACGGCGCCAACGUGUGCGCCGCCAUCAUGCGUGUGGGCCUGGGCGAAAUGGAGCGGUUCGCGCGGCGCUUCCUCGGCGCAGCGGACGCGCGCACCUUCUACGAGGAGGCCUGCGGCGUGGGCGACCUCGUGCUCACGUGCACCACCGGCCGCGGCCACCAGCUUGCCGCGGCCUUCGUGCGCGGCGACGAGCACACGCGCGACGUGCAGACACCCCACGCGCGUUGGGCGGCCCUAGAGGCGAAGCUGUUUCCAGGGAUGUGCCUGCCCGACUGGCACUCGGCCAAGGCGCUGAAGGCCUUCCUCGCGGCCCACUGCGCCGAGCACGCCUUCCCGCUCCUGUGCGCCAUCGGGCGCAUCAGCCACGGUCGCGAGCCCGCGGCGCACAUCGUGGGGGUCGACUCGUGCGUGAAGCGACCGACGCGCCGGCAUCGUUGGCUGCUGUGGCCGCUGCUCGCCGCGGUCGUGGCAGCGCUGCCGCUCCUCCCGGUGGAGGUAUGGCUGCCGCACAUGGACCUGCCUUCCGACGACCUCUCGAGCACGGCGGAUCCGCUCCCGCCCUUGAGCCCGGCCGACGUGCCGUCCUUCCUGAACGCCACCUGCCUCAACAGCGAGCGCCGGUUCCCACUCGUGGCCUAUGGGGCCGUGCUGAUGCGCGGGUUCGCCGUCGAGGAGGCGGCGCAGUUCGAGCGGUUCGCGAUGGCGUACACGGACCGGCUGGACAACAUCUACCUAGGCACCUCCCCUCGCGAGUCCGUCAACAACUUUGCCUCCUACUUAGACGCUCGCUGUCCUCGGUAUGCUCGAGCAUCCUAA